CCCCGCCCGCCCCAUCAAAUCCCUCUUCCCAAAGCCCCCCAGCAGAGCAGCCAGCGCCCGCCCCGAGACCCCGGCCAACCAAUCCUCCCAGCCACCACGGGCGCCUCUCCGUCUUUCCCCGCCGGCAACGGCAUGGACCCAAGCCGCAAGCACGGCGCCACGGGCGCCUCCUCCUCGUCGUCAUCCGCCGACGGCACGCACACUAGCUGCAAGUUCGAGGAGGAGGCGAGGAUGACGGGGGACGCGCUCCUCGUCCUGGACGGCCUCGUGCAGGUGUUCCCGCAGGUUAACUUCUCAACACUGAUAGAAGUUUCCAUCUCAUUCAAUGGAGAUGCUGAUGCAGCAGCAGAUUAUGUUAUCCAUAAUGUCCUUCCAAAUAGUACCGCAGAUGACAAUAAUGCAAGCACGAAUGAUGAUUCAGAUAUUCAUGGGCAACAUCAGGUAUUUAGUGACACAAACACUAGUUUCACGAUCCCGCCAGUGGAUGAUGGUACCAUUCCAAAAUCUGUACAGUUUGACGCUAUCAAUGAAAAUUCUGCUGAACAUGGAGAAAACUCCAUGGGAGAACAAUUGAUGCAGUCACCUGCUGCAGCAUCAACAUCUGGUCAGGACGGUCUACCUGAAGAAAUUGAUUCUGAUUCUGUGCUAGCUGGUGCGCAGAACUCAGUUGUUGAUCAUGAAGUAGCUCAUUCUGAAAACGAGCAGAAAGAAAUGAAUUAUCUGGACCCCGCUACUGAAGAUCACCGUGAUGAACAAAUACACUCAUCUUCUGAGGAAAACCAGGCCGAGCCAACUUCUGAAGAUAUUUCUACGCUGCAUGGUGAUGAUUCACCUGAUAUGAACGUGCGAUCAAACUAUUCUGUUAGCCCUGAGUCCAUUGAUGAUGCAAUCUCUGCUGAAAACUGCAAGAAGAAUACUUUGCUGUCAAAUGUGGCAGCGAUAAGUGAAAUGCUAGAGGAGGUUGAGGUUAGUGAGGCAGAAACAAAACAUGUUGUAUCCGAAGCAAGUCAAGCUGGCAAUGAUAUUCUUGUAAAGGCGGCGAAGCUAAAAGAAAUGUCUACACUUGCAGCGGAAGAGAACAACAAGGUUGCAGCAGAGGUUUUUGCUGAGAAAUCUAUUCUAGCCUCAGAAGCGCAGGGGCUCCAGUCCUGGUUGUUUGACAUUUCUGAAGAACGAAAACACUUCAUAUCAGUCAUUGACGAGAUGCACCAAACUCUUCAAAGAAGGCUCGAUUUAGCAGAAGCAGAAAGGGCAGCCGCUGAGAUGGAAAUGAUUGAAAGGGAAAAAAUGGCUCAAGAAAUGCUAAAAGAACAGGAAGUCCUACUUGAUGCUGCCAAGGAAGAGUCUAAGAAGCUGGAGCAACAGGCAGAGGAGAAUGUAAAGCUGCGGGAGCUACUGAUGGACAGGGGCCAUGUUGUGGAUGCAUUGCAUGGAGAAAUGCUUGGAAUCUUCGGCAACAUUGUACAGCUCCAACGCAGAGUUGAUAUGGGAGUUCCUGCCGAUGAACAACGGCAACUAGCUUCAUCGAUCCUGUCCAGCUCAGUCGAGUCAGCAGCUGGCGAAUUCCCUGCUGAAGAACCACCGCAGCUCGCUCCAAUGAGCUUUCCCAGCCCGGUCCAAUCAGCACAUUCCGGACUAAUCUACGUUGAUGAGCCACUGGAACUAGCUUCAUCGAGCUUAGCGGGCUCAGUCGUAUCAGCGCCUUCAAAACUACUUCCUGUUGGUGAAUCGCUGGACCAAAGUUCAUCGAGCUUGGUCGGCUCCGUCGUAUCGGCGCCUUCCAAACUGUUCUCUGUCUGUGAGCCACUUCAGCUAGCUUCAUCGAGCUUGUCUAGCUCUAUCAGAUCGGCCACUUCCGGGAGCAGCUGGUCUUCUGCCACGGAGUCCAAUUCGGGUUUCAAUGACGAGGAGGAGAUCGCCGUUGCUUCUCCCCGUGACAAUUUUGCUCUGGACGACACCUGGGAUGUAGUUGAAGACGAGGAAUGCGUGUGCUAACCUUGGGCAUGAUUCUCGUGAUGCUCUAAUCCAUGCUUCAUUUUUUUAUCUGGGUAGAGUGAUUAGCAGUUGCCUCUACGGGCCGGAACUUGUUCCAGAUCCACGCAUGUUUUUUUGUUGAGUUUGAGAGAUUUACGCAUGGUGAUAACGUGCUUUCAUGUUGGUAGUUUUCCUUUGUAGCCGGGACAGGCUCAUAUGAGGGUCAUCAGAAAAGGUGACAAUUUAUUUAGUAGUGAUAUUAUUUGACAGUCACUGCAUGUUCUACACAACCUUCUACUUGCUAUUUGGUGAAAUAUUUGCUCGUCGCUGAUGGCUCA